AUGGUCGAUAAAGUGUCGUUUAAGAAGUUGCGACUUUGGAUACCAGACCUGUCAAGUUGUCGUUUUACCGAGGCCAAACGUCAUUGCCUGACACACGGGAGAGGAGCACCUGUAUCGUCAGCGCAAGCGCCUGUGAUGCGUGUUUCCACUGCACAAAUAGAUCACUUUAUCACAUUUAUCACAAGUGCACAUGUUAUCCAGGACUUGCCCUUCGGGGAAAGGACUAUAACGUUGUCAUCAAAAGAGACAAUCAAAGUUCCCAACGUUAAACGAACCAUGGUUCCAGAACGAUUAGUAAAGCAGUACCUCGCGUAUUGUGAGGAGACAGGAUUUAAAGCCCUCAGUCGCAGCACCCUAUUGCGUAUCUUAAGUGUCUGCGCCGCGUCUGUGAGGAAGUCCUUGCAAGGACUCGAUUACAUUAGUUCUUCAGGGGCAGAGGCAUUUGACGAUUUAUGCAAAGUAGCCGAGAUGCUUGGGGACGCUGGGCAAGGGAUGGGGUGGGUAAAACAGCAAGAAACCAACCUAAGGAAAAGCAAGCGCUAUCUAAAGAGCGACUAUAAGGUACGUUUUAUUAAUUUGUUUGUUUAAUUGCAAUCAAACGUUUCUACUGCGAUCAAGCUUGCAAGUUAAUAAGCUGUUCCAAGCGCGUUUGUUCAGUAUAAAUUUAUUAUGUCGCCGUUUGAUUAUUCGAUGAAGGUAGCCGAUAUUUUUUACUUCCCCCUAUGUUCAAUGGGUGGACGCUUCUAUUCGUUCAGAGUCAAACGAGUUUGCUGAUUUUGGAUUGAUCGUUCUGAUAAAAAGAAUAGACGGCGAGAGUCGGUUUAUGGUCUUUGAACCCUAUCAAGACCAGGGGGGAGUGCCCGCGCUGACUUUGAGCGUCUAUAACUUUUUCAAUAAUCAACCAAACGCUGCCAAACUUGGCAGCUUUAUCUAAAAUUUAUCUGGAAAUAAUUUGGUAUGACAGGUUAUCGUUUCGGGAACUUAAGGUUACCAUAGUAAUGUCAUUUUGACAGACGUCUUUUCUAAAUUUGUAAUUUUUGUGUUUUUAGUAAUGGAAAUUAGGUUUAAUGUAGUUAUUUUCACCUUUUUUGGCCUUUUUGGCAACCUUUUAAAGCAAGAGAGGAUAAUUUUAUCCUCUCUUGUUAAAAGGUUUUAAGGACUUUUCAGUAAUUUGUGGCGGUUUUCUGAGGUUUUUGAAAAAGUUUGAAAUCUAGGAUGGCGGAUGGCGGCUGUUUGGACAUUAUGUCAUAAUUGUCACAAGACAUGACGUCAUCAUACCACGUGACGUAUACCAAAAGAUAAAUGUUCAGACAUACUAUAUACCCUCUAAGUUUCAUUGUCAUUGCUCAAAUAUUCUGGAAGUUACGGAGGGGGGGAGGGGCGAAUCCGCACCCCCGGUCUGAAUAGGGUUAAGAAUGUUAAAAUUACGAAAAUAAGGGGAGGAAACUAGGAGGGAAUAGGGCAGCUUCACCCCUCGCCGCCGCUUGCUGGCUGUUUCUCAAUUCGUAUUAAUGUUAUCACGUCGCAGGCUAGGAAACGAAAUAGACUGCUAGCGGUUAAAAAUCCAGAAAAAAGUCUGAGCUGGGAGGCCCGGUACCCAAGCGCCAUUGUCAUAGAGCCUGGAAAUAGAAGGCGAUGGUCACUAAUGAUACGAAACAUGCGGAAAAGGAAAAACCACCAAGACUGCGAAUUCUAUGCAGCGUUGAGAAAUUCCGUAUCUUAAUCCUUUUUUUUUUUUGCAGAAAUACUGUUUUUCUUAGAUUUAAGGUAAAAUUUCUUAUUUAUUACUUUACUAAACAUCGGAGUGCAAGCUCAAUUAUCCACCAACGAAAAUGCUGUUCAUCGAGUGGUUUUGCCUUUUAAAGAUCAAAAGUCAGCUGACGCAGUGAAAAGGCAAUUAUCAGAUCUAAGCAAAAAAAUAGAUCUCACUCUUCAACCUGUGUUCAAGAGUCGCAAAAUAUGUGAAGGCCUCGAGAUCUGCGAGCCCAAACCACCUAUAAUUAGCCAACAAUGCGUUGUGUACAAUUGUAAAUAUGAUUUGUGUGAUGCAGAGUAUGUCGGCUGCACCAACCGAAAAUUAGCCGAGUCCGUCGGGCUGCUCUGAAGAUAGAAAAAAAGAUGGCCUAAUUAAAAAAAAUCUUAAACAACGUAUUUCACGCACUUUAUUGCGAAUUGAUGGAUGACUUUACGGCACGCUAGCUUUUACACAAUGGAAUAAAUUAAUACAAAGAGAACUGUUGUUUGCCAUUGAUUCAAUUUUUCAGAAGUUGGAUAUUUGUCAAAUAACUCCCCUGAUUGCUGUACUGAAAGUAAUUGUUCUGAUCGAAAUACCUCCUGCACUAAAAAUCCGAAUAUUCUGUGGCUUAAAUUCACAGGUGCAUGUGUCUAAAAGCUCGUCAGUGCCCGAUCAUUGCAGACCGUUUGCCUUAAGCGACCCCAAGGAUCCUGCAUAUCAGUCUGUCCGCGAGCAUGACCACAAUGACGCAUGUGACCGCUGCGACCUUCUAUCUGAGACCUUACUUCAAAUUGAGGCAGGCCUGGCGGCGCAGACUGAAAAUCUAUCAUCUGUGGAAAAGGAAGAUCUUCUGGGUGAAGCAAGCCAAGAAAGCCAUCUGGGCUUGGAAGUCACACCUUCUUCGCUCUGUCAACCAAGAUUCUGCUCGAGUGGAGCUUUUGGAGCAACUAGAUGA